AUGAUCCCGGUAGCUGAAUUCAAGCAAUUCACAGACCAGCAGCCUGCUUUCAAGGUUCUCAAGCCCUGGUGGGAUGUCUUGGCUGAGUACAUCACGGUUGCCAUGCUGAUGAUUGGUGUUUUUGGCUGUACUCUGCAAGUGACACAAGAUAAGAUUAUUUGCCUUCCCAACCACGUCCCCAGCGGUACAUCCUUUGGUGAUGCAACUUGUGAAGACUUCACCAAGAAGAUAAUAAAUGCCUCUGAGAUCAUUGAGUCCCCCACCUACCAGGAAAUGAGUGGAUUACAGAACAACCUGGACCUCCAGCAAUAUAACUACAUCAAUCAGAUGUGCUAUGAGACGGCCCUCCAUUGGUAUGCCAAGUACUUCCCCUAUCUCGUCGUCAUCCACACCCUCAUCUUCAUGGUGUGCGCUUCUUUUUGGUUCAAAUUUCCCGGUACCAGUUCCAAGAUUGAACAUUUCAUCUCCAUCCUGAGCAAGUGCUUUGACUCGCCUUGGACUACUAGGGCCAUCUCAGAAGUCUCCGUGGAAAACCAGGACAACGCAAGCCCAGCAAAGAGGGAUCGGAGAAGGAAAAGUAGUGCUCCCAGCGAGUCUGUUGAGCUUAACCCCACAGGGGGAUCCAUUGCAGACAAGAAGGUUGCAGAGUCCUCCACCCCCAUUAGUCUCCUGGACAAAAAGGAAGGGGAACAGGCCAAGGCUCUCUUUGAGAAAGUGAAGAAGUUCCGGCUCCAUGUGGAGAAGGGAGACAUCCUUUACACCAUGUACAUUCGCCAGACCAUCCUCAAGGUGUGCAAGUUCUUAAUCAUCACUGCCUACAAUGCUGCCCUAGUUCACCACAUUAGCUUCAUAGUGCCCUGCAGUAUCAAGAUGGAAGAAAUGACAGGCUACGACCAUUUCUGCUGCAAUCACACCAAAGCACAUCUGUUCUCUAAGCUAGCCAUCUGCUACAUCUGCUUUCUUGGGAUAUACGGCAUGACCUGCCUCUACACUCUUUACUGGCUGUUCCACCGCCCGCUUAAAGAGUACUCCUUCAAGUACGCACGUGAGGAGACGGGCAUCAGUGACAUUCCUGAUGUCAAGAACGACUUUGCUUUCAUGCUCCAUCUCAUAGACCAGUAUGAUUCCCUUUACUCCAAGCGGUUUGCUGUUUUCCUCUCAGAAGUCAGCGAGUGCAAGCUCACGCAGCUCAACCUCAAUCAUGAGUGGACAGGGGAGAAGCUGCGGCAGAAGUUGCAGAAGAACCCUCAUGGCCGGUUAGAACUCCACCUCUUCAUGCUACCUGGAUUGCCUGACACCGUCUUUGAACUGACAGAGGUGGAAUCUCUGAAACUAGAGCUCCUCAAAGAUGUCACAAUCCCAACUUCAGUGACACAACUGGUCAAUCUUCAGGAGCUUUCACUGAUCAACUGCCCUGUUAAACUGCCUUUUACUGGUCUUAUAUUCCUCCGUGAACAGCUGAAGGUUAUGAAUGUAAAGUUUGAUGAGAUAAAGGAUAUACCACUGUGGACCUACAACUUGAGAAGUCUGGAAGAGUUGCACAUCUCAGGGCUUUUCAGCCAGGAGAUAGGCCGGACAGGAACUUUGGAAAACCUGCGUGAGCUAAAGAACCUGAAGACCCUGCUGCUGCAUAGCAAUAUCUCAAAACUGCCCCCCAGUGUGACUGACGUUGCCAGUCAUCUGCAGAAGCUAAUAAUCCGCAAUGAUGGGACUAAGCUAGUGACCAUCAAUAAUCUCAAGAAGCUCUUCUCUGUGCAAGAAGUACAGCUCAUAAACUGCAAUCUGGAACGCAUCCCCCAUGCUGUCUUCAGCCUGGUGAACCUGCAGGAGUUGGAUCUUAAAGACAACCAUCUACAUUCCAUCGAGGAGAUCAUCAGUUUCCAGCACUGCCGCAAGCUAAUGUGUCUCAAACUUUGGUGCAACCACAUCACCACCAUCCCUGAUCAUAUUCGCAAGCUCAAGACUUUAGAGCGCCUCGACCUCAGCCAUAACCGCAUCGAGACCCUCCCGCACCAACUAUUCCAGUGCAGCAAGCUGCGUUAUCUGGAUCUUUCCAAUAAUAACAUCCAGGUCAUCCCUGCUGGGAUGGCAGCCCUCUACAACCUUCAGCACUUUGCCAUUUCUCACAAUUCCUUGGAGGCACUGCCUGAUGAACUCUUCUUCUGCAAGAAACUCAAGACUCUCAGAGCAGGAUACAACAAACUGCAUCGCCUCUCUCAACGUGUGGGCAGCCUGACUUUGCUCACCACUCUAGAGCUGAAAGGGAACCAACUGGAAUUCCUGCCCCAGGAAAUUGGCAUGUGCCGUGCCCUCAAGCGUGCUGGUCUGGAGGUGGAAAGCACAAUCUAUGAUUCACUGCCUUUAGAAGUUAGGGAGAAGCUGGAGGAGGAAUGA